AUGUUGAUCCUGAGAAGCCCAGCCCAGCUGCAGCGCCUGGAGGGGAUCCUGCGGAGGAGCCUGCCCUUCGCACUGCCGGUCUAUGGGGCCGUGAUGAACAUCAACCGGGGGAACCCGGGCGAGUUCGAGGUGGUAGUGGACUCGUGGCCCGAUUUCGGUGCGGUGCUGGCCCGACGGAGCGGAGAGCUGCCGGUGGAUGAUUGCUACAGGAACAUACAGGCGGCUUUCUACCGGGAUGUGGGCGCCUACCGGGCGCUGCUGGAGACCCCCGGCUGCCUGCGCUGGGACGCUGCCUUCCACAUCAUCGGGCUGCAGGAGGAGGUGGCCACGGUGUCCCAGGACAUUGCCGGGCCCAAAGGGGUGGAGCUGCAGAUCUCCGAGUACUACACCUACCUGCACCCUGACCCCAGCACCCUGCCCGAGCCCCGCCUACCCCCGGGCUUGCAGGUGGGCACGCUGAGCCCGGCACUCGUGGACCUGCUGAACGAGACGUGGCCGUACGGGGGCAACGCUCGCAGCCGGCGGUACCUGGCUGAGGUGCUGAGCCUCUACCCCAACGUCUGCCUGCGGGACGGCUCCGGGGAACCCCUCAGCUGGGCUCUGAGCGACCACUUCGGCAGCGGCGCCCACGCGUACACGCUGCCCGCGCACCGCCGCGGCGGCUACAUGCGCCUGCUCACCAGCCUCGCCGCCCGCCGGGCAAAAGCCCGUGGCUUCCCGUCUUUUGGGUACACGGUCCCGAGCAACGUGGCCAUGCAGAAGCUGCAGGAGGGUUUGGGCCACCAACGCCUGCCCGGCGUUUGCCGCUUCAUCCUGCACAACCCCAACGUGGGCAGCGUGGGACCCUGA